GGGCGGGGCUGGGAGGGGCAGGCCAGAGGCGCGAAUCCAAAAGCCGAAGGGCGCGGGGCGGUAGGGGAGUCCCAGCGAGGCGGCCUGCCGGGAUCCGGUCAGUCUCCCACUGCCGGCUUUUUGCUCAGGCCCGAAACAGCCAGAACCACAGCCUCCUUGAACAGAAGGGCUUGCCAGAGGAAUUUUCCAAGUGCUCAGAAGGCCAGCCCUCGAAGCUCCUGUGGUCAGCGCCGGAGGCCCCCCGUGAGAUUUGGGGACCGGCUUCAGCUCAGGCCAUGCAAGGCCAGGGUCUGUGUCUCCGAGUGGCCACCCUGCUGACAGGGCUGCUGGAAUGCCUCGGCUUUGCAGGCGUCCUCUUCGGCUGGGCAUCACUGGUGUACGUCUUCAAAGCAGAGCAUUACUUUGACGAGCUGUGUGAACCAGAUGCCGGGGCCAUGGGCAACUUCACGGCGCAGCCUGACUGCAAAGCCCAGGAUGAGAGGUUCUCACUUAUCUUCACCCUGGGGUCCUUCAUGAACAACUUCAUGACAUUCCCUGCUGGCUACAUCUUUGACAGGUUCAAGACCACCGUGGCUCGCCUCAUAGCCAUAUCUCUCUAUACCAGUGCCACCCUCACCAUAGCCUUCAUCUCUGCAGACUCGGCCUUCCUGCUCUUCCUGGCCAUGCCCAUGCUCACUGUCGGAGGAAUCUUGUUCCUGAUCACCAACCUGCAGGUUGGGAACCUAUUUGGUAAACACCGCUCGACCAUCAUCACGCUCUACAAUGGAGCAUUUGACUCCUCCUCGGCUGUCUUCCUCAUCAUUAAGCUCCUUUAUGAACAAGGCAUCAGCCUCAAGGCCUCCUUCAUCUUCCUUUCCGUCUUCAGUGCCUGGCAUGUUGGGCGUACUUUCCUCCUGAUGCCCCGAGGGCACAUCCCCUAUCCGGUGCCCUCGAACUACAGCUACGGCCUGUGCUCUGGGAACGACGCCAGGGAGGAAGAGAAGAAAACGGCAGAGUCUGAAAAGCUGGAGCUGCAGUCCAAGGAGUCCCUUCCAGCCAAGGAAGAUCCUUCCUCUCCAUCAGAGGCGCUGGGACCAGGGAAGCAGCAGGAGCCCCGCUCUUUCUGGAGCUAUGUUCUCUCUCAGCGCUUCGCCUGGCACCUGGUGUGGCUGUCUGUGAUACAGCUGUGGCAUUACCUCUUCAUCGGCACCCUCAACUCUCUGCUCACCAGCCUGGCCAAGGGUGACAGGGCGCUAGUCAGCGCCUACACAAACGCCUUCGCCAUCACUCAGUUCUUCGGAGUGCUGUGUGCCCCCUGGAACGGCCUGCUCAUGGACCGGCUCAAGCAGAAGUACCAGAAGGAAGCGAAAAGCACAGGGUCCUCGGCCAUGACGGUGGCCCUCCGCUCGGCGGUGCCUUCUCUGGCUCUGACGUCUCUGCUGUGCCUGGGCUUCGCCCUCUGUGCCUCGGUCCCCAUCCUGCCCCUCCAGUAUGUCACUUUCAUCCUGCAAGUGAUCAGCCGCUCCUUCCUCUACGGGGGCAACGCAGCCUUCCUCACCCUCGCUUUCCCUGCGGAGCACUUUGGGAAGCUCUUUGGGCUGGUGAUGGCCUUGUCAGCCAUCGUGUCUCUGCUCCAGUUCCCCAUUUUCACCUUCAUCAAAGGACCCCUCCAGAACGACCCGCUCUACGUGAACGUGAUGCUGGUGCUGGCGACUGUCUUGACGUUUGUCCACCCCUUUAUGGUGUACUGGGAGUGCCGGCGGGAACGGAAGUCCCCUGCGACCGCCUAGCUCCGAAGCUCUUGCUUUUCACGCUGAGGACGCUUUGCUAAUCUUUCCCCACCUUGGAGGACCCCGUGUCCAGGCGCGCUCUGCCUGCCCAGGCUACCGGUAUUAAUUGGCCAUUGCUGUUUCUUUAAGAAAAUAAAAGACGUUUCACGGCCAGCUGACACCCGGAUUAACAAGAGAAGAGGCCCCGUUGCCCCGCUGAUUGCUGUCAGACGGACCCAGAGCAAAGGCCCAUGGAAGUUCUUAGUUUCGGAGCAGGAAGCACAUGACCUUGGUAGACACCCGGUCUAAGGGGAGGUGAUGUGAUGGGGAGGAGGUUUGUCACCUACGUGUUCGGACCUCUUUGGCUGUGAGGCCUCUGUGUGUCGAGCCCUUUGUGACAGGUAAGCUUCCAGGUGAAGAGUACAGUUGUCGUGACCUUGGCGACAGGGCCCGGCCCUUGGAGGGGGCUCCCUCUAUUAUUUACGUUGGGCAUAACAGAAAACAUUUCUCUGGGGAGUAAUCCUAUAGAAAAAUAAAAUCUCUCUGCCCGAGGCAA